UUUGGGUGCGCGUUGGCACCCUCCAAGCUCCUUUACUCUAGUGUACCCGCGCGCAAGUCUCUGGGCUUCUCUUGGACCUUCUUCAGUUUCCCCGGUGUAAGUGACAACAGGUGUAAGACGUUAUGGUUGGUGCUUCGUGUGUGUUUUGUGCACCAAGUGUUAGUACGUUAUGUAUUCCAGUGGAUUAAUACAGUGUGAUUAGUGUGCAACAUUGUACCUUCUCUGGUACCUCCGUGUUGGAGUGUGUGAACUAUCAGUGUGGAACUGACAACCCAUUGUGGUUUGUAUGGGUAAAUGGUGCCAUGUUGACGACCCAGAGUGGUGUAUGUGGGGAAGUAAUGCUAUGUUGACGACCCAGUGUAGUGUAUGUGUAGUGAAGCCAAGCUGACGAACCAGUUCCUCCAUCAUUUUUGCGUGCAUGUGACAGCUGCGGCUUCGAAUUGCAGCUCCUGGCCUCGCUUCGGACAGCUUCUGGUCAUAGCUGUAGACCACAGCUACACCGCCAGCGAGAAAAGUGGACUGAUUCUGGCCUCGACUUGCGGCAGCGCCGAGAGACGGUGGCCAAGGAGUGAGUUCCCAGGCGACUGUCCAUGUUGUGUAUCCUAGGCGAGGAGGAGGAUGAAUGUGUGAGUGGGUUACGUAAUGCAGAAGUGGUUUAAGAGUCGAGGAGGCGGCGAGGGUGGCAGUGGUAGCGGAGGACCCAUGGGUCUCGGCAACUCUGCUAAGGGACGCGCGUCCCUGCGCGACACCCAGACGGCCCUAGCCGCUGCCCUCGAGACACUCACACUCAAGGACAAUGCCAUCAAGCGCCUGGAGGAGGAGCUGCGCGAGAAGGAGGCCACCAUAGCCGCCCUCAACACUCAGCUUGAUAAACUGCGGUCGGUGUUGCCGCCGCUGACCGGCCAGCGACCGCACUCCCUACACGGACGGAUAUCCCUCCGUUCCCUCACUUGCCGCAACAACAACAGUGAGCACCACAACCGCAAUAGCCUCCAGAAUGACCGCUACUACCCGCCGCCCUCCUCCAACGCCAGCCUCAUCGAGGGCGUGAGCGAGGGCGCCGAGGCCAGAGUGAAGAGGACAGCUAUCUCGGCCGAGCCUGCUGCUCAGGGCUUCGACGAGGGCUACGACCCUGAUUACGCCCCUGUGGUCGUCCCAAAGAGUCAGAAAUCCAAGGAGCUGCUUCGUCAGGCGAUCCUUGACAAUGACUUCCUCAAGAACCUGGAGAUGGGUCAGGUCAAGGAGAUUGUUGAGUCCAUGUACAGCGUGGAGUACGCGGCGGGGGCCCUCAUCAUCAAGGAGGGAGAUAUCGGCUCCAUGCUCUACAUCAUGGAAGAGGGUAAAGUGGAGGUGAGCAAGGAGGGCAAGCUACUAUGUCACAUGUCACCUGGCAAGGUAUUCGGCGAGCUGGCUAUCCUCUACAACUGCAAGAGAACGGCCACCAUCAAAGCCGCCACGGGAUGCAAGCUUUAUGCCAUCGACCGCAAGUGCUUCCAGACCAUCAUGAUGAGGACGGGACUCAUACGCCAGGCAGAGUACACCAACUUCCUCAAGAGUGUACCGACGUUCCAGACGCUGCAAGAAGAAACCCUCAUCAAGAUCGCAGACGUUUUAGAAGAGACUUACUACGGCCAGGGUGACUACAUCAUACGACAAGGAGCCAGGGGCGAUACCUUCUUCAUUAUCAGCAAAGGCAGGGUACGAGUCACCAUGAAGAGUCCAGGAAGUUUGGAGGAAAAGUACAUACGCAAUCUUGAAAAGGGAGAGUUCUUUGGUGAAAAGGCACUUCAAGGAGAAGAUAUCCGCACAGCUAACAUAAUUGCCGACGACCCUGAUGGUGUCACUUGUCUGGUGAUAGAUCGAGACUCCUUUAAGCAACUGAUUGGUGAUCUAGAAGAAAUUAAACAUUGUUAUGGACCAGUUGAUCUCUCUAGGAGGAAGAUGAAUGAAGAGUUCACCAAUGUGAAUUUGUCAGAUCUACGUAAAAUUGCAACUUUGGGUGUUGGUGGGUUUGGCCGCGUAGAACUAGUACAGAUUGCAGGAGACUCCAGUCGAUCAUUUGCACUUAAACAAAUGAAGAAGAGCCAGAUUGUCGAGACACGGCAGCAGCAACACAUUAUGUCUGAAAAAGAUAUCAUGAUGGAAGCUAACUGUGACUUCAUUGUAAAACUAUUCAAGACCUUUAAGGACCGCAAGUAUCUAUAUAUGCUGAUGGAGUCGUGCCUUGGAGGAGAAUUAUGGACAAUCCUGAGGAGACAGGAGCGUCCUGUGAUGUGUGGACUCGGCUUUGUAUCUCAAAAAAGAGACAGAGGAAACUUUGAUGACCCAACAACUAGGUUCUAUACAGCCUGUGUUGUGGAAGCAUUUGACUACUUACAUUCUCAAGGAAUCAUUUACCGUGAUCUCAAACCAGAGAAUCUGCUUCUUGAUCUCAAAGGAUAUGUUAAGCUUGUAGAUUUUGGAUUUGCAAAGAGAUUACAGGUUGGAAGGAAAAAAAGGCCCUUUCCUGUGGCCCCAACCAGAAAAAAGUUGCACCUAAAGUCAUUUAAAAACAAAGGCCAUGAUAAUAAAGCUACUACUGGUCCUUGGGGGUGCAAUGUUUGA